UCUGUCGACCCACUCGUCUACUCUCUUUUUAUAGCAAACCCUAACAAACCCCAGGCUUUCCCUCGCCUACCCUGUUCCCUCCUGCUCACCUCCGCACCAUGGCCAAAUCGCUCGACGAGUCCGAUGUCGGCAUCUCGUGCUUCGUCUCCUCCCUUCCCGGCUUCCGCGGCAUCCUGAAACAGAGGUACUCUGACUUUAUAGUAAACGAAGUAGAUGUUGAUGGCAAUAUUGUUCAUCUCACCUCCUUUGAUCUUCCCUUAGAGGAUACGGAGGGCGAAGUUGAAGACAAUGCUUGCUCGGACGACAAAGAUUACACCUCAGUGAUCGAAUCGUUUCGAUUGCUAUGCGGUGAGGUGGAUGCUGAUGCAUUGAAGGAAUUUAUUGCAAAAGUUUUGUCCUUGGAAAGAGAUGUACCGCCUGUCAUGCUUGCUCCAGAUCCUGACAAGUCUCAUCGAGCAGAAGUUCACAAUUUCUUCAAGAAAAAUUUCAAGUUUUUGGUCACGGAUACUGUUGAAGAAUCUGGAGAGAAUUCAAAAUACAUAAGGGUGAGGCGCCGUUCAGGCAAUGGAGGAGGCCCAAGCAAGAGAGGAAUGAAAAGGAAAGAUAAAGAUGACAAACCAUUUGAUAGCCGAGGCUCUAAAAGUUGGCCCGAGCAUCUUGGCAAGUUUCUAAGGUUUAACCUUUAUAAAGAGAACAAGGAUACACAGGAGGCUCUAGGACUGAUUGGAAAGAUGCUGGGAGUCAAUCAACGGUCAUUUGGCUUUGCUGGUACAAAAGAUAAACGGUCCGUGUCUACUCAGAGGGUUACCAUCUUCAAGCAGCGGGCAAAAAGGUUGUCUGAACUUAACAGCAGAAUGUUUGGGAUUAAAGUAGGAGAUUUCUGUUACGUGAAUGAAGGGCUUGUUCUUGGUCAGCUUACUGGAAACCAUUUCACAAUUACUUUGAGAGGGAUCUCUGCAGAUUCUGAAGAUAUCAUCAAGGAAGCCACAGAUAGCUUAUGGAGAAAUGGGUUUAUCAACUAUUAUGGUUUACAGCGUUUUGGAAGUGGUUCAGUGCCAACUCAUCUUGUUGGAGCAGCAUUACUUAAGGGUGAGUGGAAAACUGCUGCUAGCUUGAUCCUUGAUCCUAGGGAGGGAGAACGCCCAAUUGUAAGGGAGGCACGCGAAUAUUAUAAAGAGCAUGGUGAUGUUGAUUUAACUCUAAAGAAAUUACCUCGCCAUCUAGUUGCUGAGAGAUCUAUUCUUCAAUGUUUGAAGAAAUUCCCUGGAAACUAUCUGCAAGCAUUAAAGACUAUACCUAGAACAUUGAGGAUGAUGUAUGUGCAUAGCUACCAAAGCUAUCUAUGGAAUCAUGCAGCUAGCAUGAGGGUGCAAAAAUAUGGCAUUUCACAAGUUGUACUUGGUGACCUUGUGCUCUGUAAAGAAGUUUUGCCUACAGUUUGUGACAGUUCAGAACAUGAAGAUGAUUUUAACGAUGGAGAUAAUUCUUUGUUGGAUUUGUCUGAUGAACUACCUUCAGAAGAAAAUGUUCAGUUUGUAAAAGCUGUUGAUUCCGAAGAUCUUCUUAAAGGACACUACACAUUUGAGGAUGUUGUACUUCCAUUGCCUGGUUCAAGAAUUAGAUAUCCAACAAAUGAUAUUGCUAAUGUAUAUCAUGAUUUGGCUAAAAAGGAUGGAAUCAGUUUGACAGAAGGUGUUCAUGGUGCCAAGGAAUUCUCAAUUUCUAGUAUGAAGGGAGCUUAUAGACAAGUGUUCCAGCGCCCUAUAGAUUUUGUAUGGGAACUGGUGGAUUACACAAAUGAUAAUUUGCCCCUAGCAGAGACUGAUUUGGAUAUCUUGGAGAAAGCUGCUAACAUGACACAGAAUGAAGUACAUGUUGAUGGAAUAUGUAGCAGCCAAAUUAAAACCUCCGAUACAGAGAAUUCGAUUGGCACGCACUUGGAUGAGGAUAGCAAUGAGAAUCCAUUAUCAACAAUUGAGACCAUCAACAGUUCUGAUAUUCUAUCAAAGAAGCAAGCUCUGAAGAUGGCAUUUACCCUUCCAACUUCAUGUUAUGCCACAAUGGCCAUAAGAGAGAUACUAAAAUCUUCAACCUCGAGUUGGAUGUCCCGUCUGUGCAGGUUUCUUAUCAUAAAGCACUAAACAAUUGACUCUAUGGCGAGUAAAAGUCCCAUUGUUGGAAAUCGAGCUACAUUAACCUUUCUUUUUGAACUGUGCAGCUGAAGUAGGUCUCUUCCUUGCAUAACUUCAUUAUUUUCCGCACACAGCUGUGGUUUAAAUAAAUUGGUUAUUUGAAUGUGUCGCGAUAAUGUUUUCAUAUGGUUUCUCUGCUGUUGGAAAUGGCAAUUUAGUUACUUCUCUACAUCAUAGUUACCUAACACUGACUCCCUACUUUCUUAGGCAGUGGGAACUUAAACAAAAUCAGUAGAUUCAACUUUAUCUGCUAAAUUCUACUUGGCUCUGCUGGGUUCUUACGACAAAUGACAAUUUGAUUGAAUACAAGGCAGCAACCAUGAAGUUAUUCUUUCUGGAAGUCUCUGUUUGAAUGUUUUUCACUCACCAGACUAAGUUCUGUUCUAGCAAUUUAUUUGCUCAAUUGGUCAAGAUAUUUAUUUAGAAAGCAAAACGACACUUGUAUUAAUAUUUUUUUUGGGGGUAAAACAAUAUAGAACUUGAUAGAUGAAGCAA